CCCAAAGGUUACAUAUCAUCAACAAAGCUAGCUAGCUAGAAGAAGAAGAAAGAAAGAAUCUGAUACAUUAAGCUAGGCAGCAUGUCGAUGAUCUCCAGCAUGCUGGGCCGGAGGCAGCCGCCGGCGCAGCCGCAGCCGCAGCAGCACGCGGCGGGCCACAAGGCCAACGGCCACGGCCACGGCGGCGGCGGGGACGAGGUCGUGGAGCCGGUGAGCAUCGACAUCCUGGAGCCGUUCAUGGAGGCCAUCUCGCUGACUGCGUUCGGCGGUGGCGGCUGCCGGCCGGCGCUGGGCCUGCCGUUCUCGACGGCGAGCAUGGACUGGAAGGAGACGCCGACGGCGCACGUGUUCAUGGCGGACGUGCCGGGCCUGCGGCGGGAGGAGGUGAAGGUGGAGGUGGAGCAGGAGCGGGUGCUCCGGAUCAGCGGGCAGCGCGCCCGCGCCGCCGAGGACAAGGGCGACCGGUGGCACCGCGUGGAGCGGAGUGCCGAGAAGUUCGUGCGCACCGUGCGGCUGCCGCCCAAUGCCGACGUCGACGGCGGCGGCGUCCACGCCGCGCUCGACAACGGCGUGCUCACCAUCACCAUCCCCAAGGACGACGGCAAGAAGGCCUACGGCAGGAUCAUCCCCAUCACCAACUAAUGAUCAGCCACGCGCAUGCACCAUCGGCUCAAUCAAAUACAGUACCGCCAUACGUGGUAUACUACCAAGUAUCACCACUGCUUAAUUAUACUUCAUUAAAGAGAACCGUAAGAUGCCGGAGAUAUCCCGGCGGCGUAUGUAUGUGCCGGAUGGAAUUCUGGAAGAUUUCCGUGAACUAUACCAUAGACGCAGUCAACCCCAGCUUCUGCAUCGACUGAUGCACACAACCAUCGCACGCUCUAGUAUGAGAUAUGACUCCAAAUAACCAAUGUAUAUGUAGCAGCAGCUGUGAAAACAUAUCUAUAUAUAAUAUAUAUUUGUGUUGGGUUA